AUGGAGACGUUCAAGUUCUUCGAGGACACUCUGAGGGAGGAAGCGGCCCAUGGAGACAUUGAGGUGGUCCAGGAGACAAAUGCAUCUACCAGCGACUCUCCGACUUCUACUAGGGAAUGGGCAAAACUAGGUAGGAAGGAAGAGGGAGAAAAAGAAGAAAAAGAAGAAGAGGCCGUAAAAGAAAAGGUCAUAGAAGAAGUGAAAGACGAUGAGGAAGACGAGAGGAGGAAUGAAGAUGAAGAGGAAGAGGAAGAGGAAGAAGAAGAGGAAGAGGAGAGGGCCCCUGGGGGUAGCAAGGAGGAAGCAUCGAAAAGCCAUUCUUGCUCCUCUCCUUCCACUGAUGCAGGUCGGGAUGACAAGGUCCCCUACAGCACCCCUCUAGCUAUUGUGUUGAAUGAUGAUGACAAUUCUCAAGAGUCAAAGUCGGAUGUUCACUAUGACUCCCACGGAGGACUGAUUUCCCAAGCUCCGUCGCUGAGCCAUCCAGGCCACUCGGGAGGGGCUACUGGCGAAGGGGAAGCGAGUGUGUUAGGAUCAGGCCACUCCCUAACCUUGGGCCCUACUAGCCCUUCUUAUAUAGCUGGAACUGUGGUAGGCGAGGGUCCCGAGUCGAAUCUUGAGAAGGCCCACGCGACGGCUACCGAACAGAUAGCUCAGAAGCUGUGUCUUGCCUUCACUCAAGUAUGGUCCUGA